ACAACUUUCUCUUUUUCCUAUAUAUAUCAAGCAUAAGUAGCAAAGGGAUUUCAUAUACAUUGAGAGCAUAUCUUAUUACACAUAAAAAAGAAAGAUGAGUGCGUGGUUAGGUGCAAGGGAGCUUUCAAUUGAAUGGGCUGACAAUCCUCAACAUUGGGCUUGGAAUUACAUUCACAACUCUAGUGUGGAAGUAGCUGAGCUUCUGAAUGUUUGUUGGCUCGAUAUUCGAGGAAAGAUAGACACAAGUAGACUUGCUCGAAAGACUAGUUAUUCGGCAUAUUUGGUGUUUAGGCUAACAGAUAAUCAUCGCGAACUUGAAAGGGGUAUUGCAUCAGUGAGGUUCGUGAAGGAUAAAGUCGAGGGCACGGAUGAAGAGGGCUACACCGUUUUCAUCUCAAAGGCGAAGGGACAUGAAGGAGAACGUGGCGUAUUCACGUAUCCGCGAAGCGAUGCAUGGUUGGAAGUAAAGCUAGGUGAAUUUUUCAACAAUUUUGGAGAAGAUGGUGAAGUUGAAAUGAGGUUGAUGGAGAACAAAAACCCUAAUUGGAAAUCUGGGAUCAUUGUUAAGGGCAUUGAUAUUCGUCCAAAUUAAACUUAAGAUCCAUUUAGUACUAUUGUUAUUUGGGCCUAGUCAUGUCUUUGCCCUAUGUUUUAUUAAGUACUAUUUUCAAUGUUAUGAUGUUCGAUUUUCGAAAUCGUAGUAAUCUAGUUGAUUGGCGGUAAGUACUACUUUCAUUUUGGUGAAAGUUUAAUUUUCUAGUGAGCUUGAAGUCUUUUGUGUUUUCUAUCAAUUUUGAAAUAAAAAAUAAGAGAAUUUAUAAUUUUUACUAA